GACCGUUUUCACGCUCAGCGAGCAUGCGCGGCAGCCAUCUUGGCGAUAGAGCUUCCUGAUCGAACAAUAGCAGUAAAAAUUGAUUUCCGAUAAAUUCAACAAAAUGGUAAAUUAUUGCCGUGUCAUUGGCUGUCAUAAUAGGUCGGACAGAGAAAAAGACAGGUCCUUCUACAGGAUACCCGAAGUAAUAACGAAUCAAUGUGAAAAGACCCAUGAAUUGUCCGAAGAAAGACGGCGAAAAUGGCUUGCAAGUCUCAAUCAGGAUCUGACUGGCAAAACUGUGAAGAACAUUCGAAUAUGCUCCGAUCACUUUAUUGGAAAGAAAAAGGCAGAUCUGUUUGCCAGUGAUAAUCCAGACUGGACUCCUUCCUUAAACAUGGGAACCAGUAGGCAGGUCAAUACACCUGACAACAUGUCCAGCCGGUACUUCCGUAAGAAGGGGCGUGCAGAGAAGUCUGACGCAGCCAAGACUUUAUUAAUGUUCGCUGAAAACAUGUCGACAGAUGAGCCGGUUGAAGAUUUAACCCCACUACCUUCAGAAGAGCCAUUGCCAGAAACUGAGGUAGAAAUGCUACAAAAGCAGCUUGCUUUAGCCAAAGAAGAAAAUGAAAAACUGAAGUGUAAAAAUCAUGAAUUGAAGGAAAAAUUGAAGAACACAAAUCCUUAUUCAGAAAGCGCCUUAGAAGGAAAUGAUGAAAAAGUAAGAUCGCUAACAGGCUUACCAUGCUUCGCAUUGUUAAUGGCACUGUUUCGACUUGUUGAAGAAUGUUUACCACCGAAAAUGACCUUGGGAAAAUUUGAGUGCUUGGUUUUGACACUGGCUAGACUAAGGCUGAACUUGACUAUUAGCUUCCUGGCCUUUCAGUUGGCGGUCUCAAAAUCCACAAUAUCCAGAAUUUUUGUAGAUGUUAUUGAUGUGCUGUAUGUACGGACACAAGGUAUUGUCAGAUGGCCAGAACGAGAAGAACUACAGAAGACAAUGCCACUUCAAUUUCAAAAGCAUUUUGGGAAAAAGUGUUGUGUUAUAAUAGACUGUUUUGAAGUGUUUAUUGAAUGUCCCUCCAAUUUAAUGGCACGCAGUGAAACAUGGUCCAAUUAUAAGCACCACAACACCGUGAAAUUCCUUAUAGGUAUUGCGCCUCAAGGAGUUGUGUCGUUCAUUUCUAAGUCAUGGGGAGGACGGACCAGCGAUAAAUUCAUUACCGAGCACUGUGGUUUUUUGAACAAGCUGUUACCGGGGGAUUUGAUUCUUGCUGACAGGGGUUUCGACAUUGGCGACAGUGUUGGAACGCUUAGUGCAUCAGUCAACAUCCCAGCAUUUACAAAAGGCAAGGGUCAACUCUCGCCACUUGAUUUAGAAGAAACCAGGAAAAUUGCUAAUGUAAGAAUUCAUGUGGAACGUGUCAUAGGAUUGGUUAGACAGAAGUUCACAUUCCUUAAUGGGACUCAACCAAUUGAUGUUGUAAUGACCAAAGACGAACGCGGCCUAACAACUAUUGACAAAGUGGCAUAUGUAUGUUGUGCACUAGUGAACAUGUGCGAGUCUGUUGUAGACUUCAACUAAUCAUGAACAGUAUUAUAUGAUUGGACCAAUUUUAUCCAACAUAGUUGAAGUCACAAUUAAUUAUGUCUUGACAAAUAGUAGACAUAGCUUUGAGACUUUUAGUGAUGAAUCGGUCUGCGUUUUGUCAUUUUUAUGCAUUUUAUUAUAUUUGGCAUGCACAUUUGUAUUUAUGAUUAAUAAUGUUUUGUUUUUACUGUUACAAAUAAAUUAACCUUUUCCCACGUUGGUUAAAGUUUAAACAAGCUUUUUU